CAUGCUGAGGUCCCGGCAGCUGUUCCAGCAGCGACAGCGGCUCCAGCAGCAGCGGCGGCGGCGGCGGCGGCGACAGCGCACGGCUCCGGCUGGGAAGGCGCCCGGCGCCCAUGCCUCCGGCCCAGCGCUUCGGCUGUCCUGACCUGGCUGCGACCUCCCUCCGCGCGCCCCGCCGCCCGGGCCUCUGGGGGGUUCCCCAACCGCGGCCCAACUCCGCCACACCCCCUCCCCCGGCCUCCGCAGCUCGGCAUGGGCGCGGGGGCGCUCGCCCUGGGCGCCUCCGAGCCCUGCAACCUGUCAACCGCCGCGCCGCUCCCCGACGGCGCGGCCACGGCGGCGCGGCUGCUAGUGCCCGCGCUGCCGCCCGCCUCGCUGCUGACCCCCGCCAGCGAGGGAUCCGCGCCGCUGUCGCAGCAGUGGACGGCCGGCAUGGGCCUGCUGAUGGCGCUCAUCGUGCUGCUCAUCGUGGCGGGCAACGUGCUCGUGAUCGUGUCCAUCGCCAAGACGCCGCGUCUGCAGACGCUCACCAACCUCUUCAUCAUGUCCCUGGCCAGCGCUGACCUGGUCAUGGGGCUGCUGGUGGUGCCGUUCGGGGCCACCAUCGUGGUGUGGGGCCGCUGGGAGUACGGCUCCUUCUUCUGCGAGCUCUGGACCUCGGUGGACGUGCUGUGCGUGACGGCCAGCAUCGAGACCCUGUGUGUCAUCGCCCUGGACCGCUAUCUCGCCAUCACAUCGCCCUUCCGCUACCAGAGCCUGCUGACCCGCGCGCGGGCGCGGGCCCUCGUGUGCACCGUGUGGGCCAUCUCGGCCCUGGUGUCCUUCCUGCCCAUACUCAUGCACUGGUGGCGGGCUGAGGGCGACGAGGCGCGCCGCUGCUACAACGACCCCAAGUGCUGCGAUUUCGUCACCAACCGGGCCUACGCCAUAGCCUCGUCCGUCGUCUCCUUCUACGUGCCCCUGUGCAUCAUGGCCUUCGUGUACUUGCGGGUGUUCCGCGAGGCCCAGAAGCAGGUGAAGAAGAUCGACAGCUGCGAGCGCCGCUUCCUCAGCGGCCCCACGCGGCCGCCCUCGCCCUCGCCCGCGUCCUCGCCCGCGCCCCCGCUCCCGACCGCCGCCGCCUCCCCGGUGGCCAACGGGCGCGCCAGCAAGCGGCGCCCCUCGCGCCUCGUGGCCCUUCGCGAGCAGAAGGCGCUCAAGACGCUGGGCAUCAUCAUGGGCGUGUUCACGCUCUGCUGGCUGCCCUUCUUCCUGGCCAACGUGGUGAAGGCUUUCCACCGCGACCUGGUGCCCGACAGCCUCUUCGUCUUCUUCAACUGGCUGGGCUACGCCAACUCGGCCUUCAACCCCAUCAUCUACUGCCGCAGCCCCGACUUCCGCAAGGCCUUCCAGCGCCUGCUCUGCUGCGCGCGCCGGGCCGCCCGCGGGAGCCACGCGGCCGCCGGGGACCCGCCGCGCGCCUCGGGCUGCCUGGCGGUGGCCCGGCCGUCGCCGUCGCCCGGGGCCGCCUCAGACGACGACGACGACGACGACGUCGGGACCUCGCCGCCCGCGCGCCUGCUGGAGCCCUGGGCCGACUACAACGGUGGGGCGGCGGCCGACAGCGACUCGAGCCCGGACGAGCCGAGCCGCCCGGGCUGUGCCUCGGAAUCCAAGGUGUAGGGCCGGGCGCCCUCCCCGCCUCCCCGCCUCCCCAGCCCGGGCGCAGGCUCUGCGCCCCGGGAGGAAGAGAACCCGGGCGUCCCUGAAUGGCUUCCUGGGGGAAGAGGAGAUCUGUGUUUACUCAAGACCGAAAGCAGGUGAAUUCGAAGCCCGCAAACCUCGUCUGCAUCGUCCAAGGCAAACAGAAAAGCCACAGACAGUGUUGCACAGAAAGGAAGGUUUGGGGAGGGGUGGGAGAGCGGCUUGCUGAUUUUUGUUGGGUUCUUUUUAAUCUUUGUGGUCCGGCCUUCUUUUGUGGGUGCGUGUGAUACGUCUUUAGAUUUUUUUUUUCUCCCAGGUGGUUUUUUAACACUCUCUGCGAUGACCGGGAAGGGAAGGGAGAAGCGUUAGGAGAUAAGUCUCUGACUUGGCUUCUAUCCCGUUCUCGGGAACAGGAGCGGUCAACCGGAGAAAGAGGAGAGGACGACAGUUGAUGAGGACGUGUUUCCUUUGCCUUCCGUUGAAAUUUCAUUUGAAUUGCUGAGUAAUGAUUUCUCCUGUUCUUAAAGCAGAGGGAAAGGAUGGAUGCAAAAAUCGCGUUUCAGGAAAUUUUAAGCUAUUCUUGGAACAAGCCUCACCUUGCUUUCCUUUUGUAGGGCAAGCCGGCUGUCCCGGAGAGCCUCGGUGGUCAGGCCGAGGGGUUCCUACCUCACACUGUGCACAUUGCACAGCAAGAUAGAAAGACUUGUUUAUAUUAAACAGCUUAUUUAUGUAUCAAUAUUAGUUGGAAGGACCAGGCGCUGAGCCUCUGUGACGUGUGACUCUGUCCGUUGAAGACAGGACAGAAAAAGAAAAGAAGAAGAGGAAACAGUUCAGAUUACUGCACAUGUGGGUAAAAACGAAAAGCAGAACAAAACAAAAAGGCGUGAUUCAAAGUGGCAUUUUUGCACAGUAUUAGGAACUGUAAAGUCCGCUGAAGAUGUUACUUGCACAAAAAGAAAUUGAAUAUUUUUUAACGGGGGUGGGGUGAGGUAGGGGCAGAUCUUAAAAACUAAAAUAAAACUCAAACUCUGCUUCUGUUGUCUAUUAUGUUACUGAGCUAAUGAUUUAUUGGAAAAAUACCUUUUUAUACUCUUUUAUCAUGGUACUGUAACUGUAUCCAUAUUAUAAAUAUAAUUAUCUUAAGGAUUUUUUUAUUAUUUUUUUAUGUCCAAGGGCCCACGUGAAUCUGCUGGUAAUAUUUAGCACUUGUGUGUAAAUACUAUUUCCUCUCUGUGUUUUGCCAAGUAUUUAUACUCUGGUGCAACUAACUACUAUGUGAGGAAUUGAUCCAUGUGCAAUAAAUACCAAUAAAGCACAAAAAAGAUUAUGUACUGUGUGUCUGUAAGGGCUCAGUGAUAAUGGAAAAGACAGUUUGUUUUGUUCAAAAUAUAGGCUGGAUUUCCCAUAGAGCUCUUUUAAUAGCUUUUCAUGACUCAAUAGCAUAGCAAAAUGCCUCUAGACCAAAUAAGGCGUGCACCUACUGAGAGCUGCAUGCUUGCCCUAAAUUUUCACAGCCAGAUUCAGAGUAUUCUAGACUACUUGUAGGUGUUUUCAAGAUCCCAUCUGCCGUACUUGCCUUAAGAAGUAAUAUUUGGGAUUGUGCAUCUUCUAAGAAAAAAUGAUUGAGUCAGGUAACUCAGCUGCAACUUUGCACAGAAAUGCAGGAAAGAAGACUAAGUCGUGGAACCGGCAUUGCCUACUUGGAAUUCGGUAAGUGGCAUCCACGGCUGGUUUUUGUUUUCCAACAGAAAAUCAAAAUCACAGUGUGUGCAGAUUUCUCCAGUGGCUGUUUAGAAAGCAAAAUGCUUUCAUGGUUAAGCAAAAAUUUAUAAAAGAGCACUUAAGUAAAUUUUUUUUUCUCUUGUGUAAUUAAGUAGACCAUUUCAGCAGAAGUUAGACCAUUUCAGCAGAAGUUCUGGGUGGACAGGUAACAGGUAAAAGUAAAUGUGAAGUUUCCAAAUUUCCUAACAAGAGUAUGACACCCCCCAAUGGAUAGGAUAGUUUUCCUAAAGUUAGUUCCUAAGGAAAAUAUAGUGAAAUUCUAUCUUGGGAUUAAUUCUACAUUCUCCAAAAUAAGUUUAAGUAUUUCUCUUUCUUUGUAUUUUUAAACAAGCUUUUCAUUUCAUGAUGGUACAGUAAAGAAACCAAUGUGAAGAGUAUAAAGUUUUGGCUUAUACCGAGGUUGAACAUGAACAAACUCUUCGCUACCAAGGAAAGUCAAGACCGAUUAUCCUUUUUUUUUUUUUUUUUUGGCAAUGCGAUAUUCUAAAAACCAGGAAAGACGAGAGUCUUCUGAGAAAGAUUAAUGUUGCCGAUGUUUUAGAGACCAGCAGAAGGUUGCAUGAACAGUAGCAGUUUCAACAAAAGCUGCUGUGAAGUUUAACCCCUUUGUCCAGCAAAGAAAAAAGUGGAGAGGUGGGAGAUAGCAAAAGUUAUUUAAAAAUACAGAUACAUACCUAAAGAAACUCAUUUUGGAGAAUGUAAAAAUUCCAGGAUGAAAUCUCACUAUCCUUUCCCCUAGGAACAAAUACAGUCCAUUUCUAUCCUCCCUUCCCCCUCCUGAAUAUGUAAGUUGCAUUUUGUUAGGGGUUUUGUUCCUCUUCGUUUUUAAAUCAUACUAGAAAAUUAACAGACUUAAUGUCUACAGUUUCAUCUGAAGAGCACUCAAGUACCAGGUAAUGCUUCACUUUCCUAUUUUGUCUAGCUAAGUCUUUACACUUAAAUAAAAAGAAAUUUUCCCAGACCCAAACUUACAUAUAGACCCAUCAAACCUUAGGUCUCAAAAUCAUGAAAGUCCUAUAAACUUUAAUAACAAAUAUAUAUAAUUUAACUGCUUAGUAGACAGGUCUGAACUCUUUAGUGAAUUAGAGGAAACCACUAUAAUCUUGGGGCCAGUUUAUAUGUAUUUGUAGGAAAUAGAAAAAAAGAGUUUUCUGUGAUCUCUUGAGUUCUCUAACUGAGGGUUACGGGGAUUCAGAAACAGACCUUGUCAGUGAUUCCUACUACCCAGGAAAACUGCUUUUCGUUGUUUUGAAGAAGACAUUGAUCUAUAAUAGAAAUGUAGGAAUCUGAGCUGCCAAUCCCAAUAGCUACAUCAGUGGGAGGAGAAAACUGCCAAUCCUGUUUAAUCUGGUGAGAUAAUGCACAGUAGAAGUGACAGGAGGAGGGCAGUGAGUAUGCAGAAAAUCAACCUUACCUCGCGGGUUUGUGUGUAACAGUACCAAAGGCAUAAGCCUUAAAAUUAAAACAGUGAACAUAUGACCAAGAGUCACUUAUUUGCUACAUUUGAAAUUAUGUUUCAGUUGCACGCUGUAAAGUUCUCUAUGUGUAACAAGAUAUUCCAGCAUCCAUAAUUCUCCCUCCAGUGUAGGAAUCUAUAAUUGGUAUAGAAGAUAGCUUCAUCGCUUGGUGAACUUGGCAAUGUAAAACUUUGUAAAUAGAGCUCAUUUUUUCUAUCCAGGCUUUCUUUGGAACUGGAAUUAUUAAUAACCUCUAACUGGCUAUUGUGAAACCUUUCCUUGUUAAGCACAUUUUCCUAAUUUCGCAUUUUGUUGAGCGUGCUGACUUCCUCUGGCAAUAUGUAAAAUUGCCAGACGGAAAUUCUGCACUCGAAGUCUCAGGAUGAUAUUAGCAUUCAAGUUUUUAGCAAGAGCUUCUAAGCAAGGGUCAAAAGGAAAAUUAUUAAGUUUUACUGCCAUUUGUGAAAGGCUUAAAAAAAUUUUUUAACAAAGCAGGACCCAUCAGUUCUUUGGAAGGAAAAAAAUUUAAAACCUUAGCCGUAAUUCAAAUUAAACACAUUGGCACAGAUAAUUUAGUUUUAUUUGUACAUUUCUGGCAUUAUGUGCUGAGAAAUACUAAUUCUUUUGACUCCCUGCCAAUUUGCUACUAAUCAAAAUGGAGAAGAUAUGCACUGUUUGGAUUAUACCUAAAAAUAGUUGUACUACAGUCACAUCAGCAAAUGGAAUUAAUUUCUCUUUCUUCUCCUUCACACACACCCUCCACAUUAUUUAAAUUUCCAUCUAGAAUAUUGCUUGUGAAUCUCAUAAUUUGUGAUUCAAUGUGUCCCAGAGUGCACUGCUACAUUGCAAUUAUUUUAAAGCAAAUUCUAGGGGUGGGAUA